AAAGAAACUUGUGCCUAAAACAUUUAAAGCUCCUUUCACUUCGCUUACACAACACACAUUAGUCAAAAUGUUUCGCUGUGGAAUCGCUUAUCCGCGAUGCAGGUGGAUUCUGCCUCUCCUGCUGCUUUUUGCCAUUAUUUUUGACAUUAUUGCCAUCGCAGCGCAGUCCGGAUGGGUGGAGGACGAGGACGCCAAAACCCACUACGCCAGUAUGUGGCAACAAUGUCGACGCAGCAAGGAUCAGUGGGACUGCAGGUCUCUCAUGGAGUUUUCAUGGGCACAGGCAGUCGCUGCUCUCAUGAUCAUCGGCCUCAUCAUCCUCAUCAUCGCCUUUAUCAUCUCUGUUGUCGCUCUUUGCUGUAGUCUCAACAUCCCUCUGCUUCCAUUAAUAGGAGGUCUUCUCAUUUUAGCUGUAAUCGUCCAGAUAAUUGCUCUGAUCAUCUACCCGAUCAAGUUCAAUGAGCUGAUCUAUGAAGGUUAUUAUGACUACACCUGGGCAUAUGGGUUUGGCUGGGGCGCUACCAUCCUGAUGCUGGGAUGUGGAAUCCUCUUCUGCUGUCUGCCCAAUUAUGAGGAUAACCUCUCCGACAAUACAAAAGUGAAAUAUCUCUACACCUCUGCUUAAAAACCCUUAUUUGAUUGCAACUCUUCAAGGACUGUUUAGCCUCUGGCCUAAAUGCUAAUGCUCAUUGAUCACCAAAACCAUUUUUAUAGGACUUCACUGACUCUAAGGGGUGUCAGACUGUUUUUGGCUUUGUUCCUUACUCUCGGGGGCUAAUGCAUUUACCUUUUGCUUUAUUUUAAUUAGAAUUUUAUGAUAAAAAAAGCUGUUGCAUGCACAUUAGAUGUAAAUAUAUUAGGAGGACUAACAAUGUGUAUUCACGAACUGGAAAAGUAUGUGUAGGUUUUGUUGCAUUACGUAGUACUUACUUCAUGAACACUGGAAUGUAAUGUAUGACUGUUUUUUGGUAUUUGUACAUUUUUUGAACAUCUCUACAUACCAGCAUUAAGACAAGAUUUUUAUUGUUUAUGUACUUGCUCGUCUUGUCAUUCCAUGUCGGCCCUUAUUUGUUUAUUAUGAUGGCCAUAUGCAUACUUGAUUGAACACUUUCUGUAAAAAAAUGUGUGUGGUCUGUUAAAGAUAAAGAUUUUCACUGACACCCUGUCUACACCACACUAGAGCGGCAUGAUGUGACAAAAGGCAAUAGAACCCAUUAUAAUUAGAGGUCUGGUGUAGACAGGGUGUAAGAGUUUACCAUAGUGAUAUAAAUGCAGCAAUAACAGUAGUUUUUUUUCUGUUUUAACAAAAGUGUGUUAUUGUAUGUUCCUUAAUUUGCAUCUUAAAGUGAGUAUCUGGUUGAGGAUUGGUGCUUUUAUUGAAAAGAAAUGCCACCAGAAGGUGAUAUUAAGUCAACUUUAGUCUGCUAAGAUUGUAGUUUUUUUAGAUGUGUUUUGGUAGAUUCUGAUUAGAUGUUUCAAUUGUUUUGAGGAUUGUGUAAUGGUCUUCAAGUCUUCAAUAAAAAAAAAAUUUGUUCUGUGAAGAAGGCA